GUCUUUCUUGUCACUCCGUCCCUCGCCUCCUCUACCUUUCUGACUGAGCUCCAAAACCAAGAAGUAGAACACUGUGUUGACUACUAAAACUGAAACGGUUGGCUCAGAGCUGACCGACCAAAUUAAAAGUAGCCUAUAGAGGAGUCUCUCUCGCUCUCGCGCUCUCAGGUUCUCUCGCUUUCAGACCCGCUAGACGUUAAUUAGUGCCCUUAUUAUUUCCCCGAACAGUCGAGCUAACGGUUUACAUUUCUUGUUUCCUAUCGCUUUCUGUCAUGGCUUCAUGUUUAUGACAACUUUAUUUUGGAGCGACACCUCCUGAAUACUUCAAACGGAAGGGAGACCUGGGGGUUAGGUGGUGGAGGAUGGGGGCAGUAGGGGUCUUACCCCUGCUGGGGUUCUACCUAUGCGUCUCGGUCGCAGUGACGUUGACCCUUAACCCUGACGACCCCAAUGUGUGCAGCCACUGGGAGAGCUAUGCUGUGACUGUACAGGAGACCUACGCCCAUCCUUUUGACCAGGUCUACUACACCCGCUGCACAGACAUUCUGAACUGGUUCAAAUGCACCCGACACAGGAUAAGCUACAAAACGGCCUACCGGAGAGGUGUGAGGACUAUGUACCGGCGGCGCUCCCAGUGCUGCCCAGGCUUCUAUGAGAGUGGAGACUUGUGUGUUCCCCUGUGUACCGAGGAGUGUGCUCACGGACGCUGCAUGUCUCCUGAUACCUGCCAGUGUGAACCUGGCUGGGGGGGGUUGGACUGCUCCAGCGGCUGUGGGAGCGACUUCUGGGGCCCCCACUGCAGCAACCGCUGCCAGUGCCAGAACGGAGCCAAGUGUAACCCAAUAACGGGUGCCUGCGUCUGCACGGACGGGUACCAGGGCUGGCGGUGCGAGGAGUCCUGCGAGGCCAGCUUCUAUGGCAAGGCCUGCCUGCUGGAGUGCCAAUGCCUGAACGGAGCCACCUGCCACCACGAGACGGGCCGCUGCCUCUGUGCACCGGGCUACACCGGGGUCUUUUGUGAGGAGCAGUGUCCUCCGGGCAGCCAUGGGCUCCAGUGUGAACAGCGUUGUCCGUGCCAGAACGAUGGAUCCUGCCACCACGUCACGGGAGAGUGCUCCUGCCCCGCCGGUUGGAUUGGCUCAGUGUGUGCCCAGCCGUGUCCCUUCGGAUCCUAUGGAGUCAACUGUUCACAGGAGUGCACGUGUCGCCACGGUGGCCUCUGUGACCACAUCAGCGGUCAGUGUCAGUGCACGGCGGGCUACCUUGGAGAAAGGUGUCAGGAGGAGUGUCCCCUGGGCUCCUACGGGCCCCAGUGCGCCCAUAAGUGCGACUGCCAGAACGGUGCCAGGUGCUACCACAUCAGCGGCGCCUGCCUUUGCGAAGAUGGCUUCAAGGGACCCAGCUGCGGCGACCGCUUCUGUCCGGAGGGCCACUACGGCCUCAUCUGUGACCAGUACUGUCCCUGCCACCCUUCCAACACCGUCAGCUGUCACCCCCUGUCUGGAGAGUGUGGCUGCGCUGCGGGCUGGGCAGGGUUCUCCUGCAACGAGACCUGCCCCUCAGGUUACUAUGGAGAGGACUGCAGGGAGCUCUGUGACUGUGACAACGGAGCCGACUGCGACGGCAUCGCCGGGGCCUGCGUGUGCGCACCGGGCUACAUGGGAGAAGACUGCUCACUCAGGUGUGCUCCAGGCUGGUAUGGGCCAAACUGCAGCUCCUCUUGUUCAUGCCACAACCAUAUCUCCUGCUCCCACGUUGAUGGCUUCUGUUUUUGCACAGAAGGUUGGCAGGGGGUCGACUGCUCCCUCCCCUGCUCCAGUGGAACCUGGGGGCUGGGCUGCAACCAGACGUGUGUGUGUGCCAACGGGGCGGCCUGCGACCCAGUCAACGGGACUUGCACCUGUGCUCCCGGAUGGCAGGACGAGUACUGCGACAACCCGUGUCCUGAGGGAACUCACGGGCUGGACUGUGGAGAGCAGUGUCAAUGUGUGAACACAGACGGCUGUGACCCGGUGUCCGGGCGGUGUCGCUGUCAGACAGGAUGGACAGGUGUGCGGUGUGACAGUGUAUGUGAGGAGGACCGCUGGGGGCCCGACUGUUCUCACAGCUGCGCCUGUGAGCACGGAGGCUCUUGCUCCCCAGAGGACGGCUCCUGUGUGUGCGCCGCUGGCUACCGGGGCACCAACUGCCGCCGCACCUGCUCUCCUGGCUUCUAUGGCCAGCGCUGCAGUCAGUCCUGUCCGCAGUGUCUCCAUAGUGACGGCGCCUGCCACCACAUCUCGGGCCACUGUGAGUGUCUGACGGGCUUCUACGGCUCUCUCUGCAACCAGGUGUGUCCCAGCGGGAAGUUUGGGCGAGCCUGUGCAGAGAAGUGCCUAUGCACCAACAAUGGAACAUGUAAUCCCAUUGAUGGCUCCUGUCAAUGCUACCCUGGCUGGUUGGGGGACGACUGCUCUAAAGUGUGCCCCCAGGGAUCUUGGGGGCCAGACUGCAUCCAUACAUGCAACUGUCACAACGGAGCCGAGUGCAGUGCUGCAGACGGAGCGUGUCACUGCAGAGGGGGCUGGACUGGACUCUUUUGUACUCAACGUUGUCCAACGGGUUUCUAUGGCGAUGAUUGCGCCGAGUUGUGCCGCUGUCAAAACGGAGCAGACUGUAAUCAUAUAGGCGGACAGUGUACCUGUCGGACGGGCUUCAUGGGACAAAACUGUGAACUCAAGUGUCCCGCCGGGAGGUUUGGUUAUGGCUGCCAGCAGCUCUGUGAGUGUAUGAACAACUCCACCUGUGACUCCAUAACCGGGACCUGCUACUGCAGCAUUGGCUUCAAGGGCAUACGCUGCGACCAGGCCGCUUUGAUGAUGGAGGAGCUGAACCCCUACACCAAGAUCAGCCCGGCGCUAGGCUCGGAGCGCCAGUCAGCGGGCGCCGUCCUCGGCAUCGUGGUGCUGCUGCUGCUCAUCGCCGCCAUGCUGGCGCUGGUGGUGUGGCUCCGCUGCCGUCAGAGAGAGAAGGGCGGCCAGAACGCUCCCAGCGUCACGUACACUCCGGCCCUGCACGUCAACGCCACUGACUUCUCCCUCUCUGCAGGGCUACAAUGCACCGGCCUGCUCUCCUCUCCAGAGUCCUCUCCCAACAACAGCAGCAGCGUGGUCAACCCCUGCUUCUCCAACCCCAGCUAUCACACGCUGGGGCCCUGCCCCUACUACCCACGGCCGGACAAGAGGACCACAGCCAAGAGGAAGACGAAGAGGAAGCACAGGAACAGUGCGCCAGAGUGGGGAGCCUACUGUAACCUCAACGAGCUGGGUGUGUACUGCCUGGACCGAAGGUACAGCUACCAUGUGGAGCAGCAGCGCUACAGAGAGUACAUGAAGGGCUCCCUGUCCAGCAGCUUUUCUCUGAACAGUGAGAAUCCCUACGCCACCAUCACCGACACGCCGGGGGGCUCGGCCGGCAGGCACACCGAGAGCAGCUACGAGGAGAUGAAGUCCCCGGCCCACCGCGAACACGUGGCCUACCGCUUCUCCGCCGCCGUCAUCACCGCCACUGCCAGCACGCCGCCACCACCGGCCACCAGCGCACCGGCUAGGAAUGUUUACGACAUGGAGCCGACCAUCAGCAUCCCCCUGGGGGCCAACGGCAUGCCGGUGCCCAGCUAUCCGCAGAACCCGUACGACAUGCCCAGGAACAGCCACAUCCCAAGCCACUAUGACCUGCUGCCCAUGCGGCCCAGCCCCUCCCACAGCCAGGGCCUGAACCAGCUACCCCCCGCCCAGCACGGCAACACCCCCCGUGUGCCAGGCAGCCCAACUAGCUCCCUGCUGUAGGUGAUGGGCUGGGGUAGGGACCAGCUAAACAUCUACAGUAACUCUUGAGUCUACCGUUACUAUUGAGUCUACAGUUGCUCUUGAGUCUUUCUCGACACUACAAGUCAGAUAGGAUUGAAUGGGAUGAACCUGCACACAAGUUUUGUUCCGUAUUUAUUGAAUUUAUCAUUAUGUGUGAGUUCGAAGUGAUUGGAUUUCUGCUGGAGCACCUCCUCCAACUGAAGGAACAUCCAAUUUGAGUCUACAGAGCCUGGGCAGAAAGGAUGCAAGACUUGUGUCUCGGAUGGAAAUGACAAGGUACGUCUUUUUGUAUGAACCGAGCUCCUGCAGUCUCCACACUGCAGUGCAAACAGGACAUCAGAGCUGUUUACAGAACCUGCAAAGCGGCCAACAGUCAAAAGAUAUUUCAGUGCAAAAAGAGUGAAUGUUUGGACUCAAGGGGUAUACUAACUAACUCCUAAAUAAACACUGGCAGCCUUUGCAAUUUUCCAACGUUGAGACGUUCUCUGUGUUGGAUUAUAGAAGCACACACCGAAGAUAGAAAACUAAAUGGAAACACCACAUAUUAUACUGGAUCUGGAAGUAUCCUACUUUUGUUGUACAUUUCUUCCUGCAUUGUCAUUAAAUGUAUUGAUAAAAAAAAUGUAUCCCUGGGAUAAUUAGUAUAAAGGUGUACAACAAACAGAUGGAUAUUUUUUAACUUUUUCAUUUUAUGACAAUAAAUGCAAAUAGUUGGAAGGCAGGGACCCAACAUUUUGUCAUGUAGCCAAAUCAAAGCUGGACAGAUGAUUCUUAUCUGAUACUGUAUGAAACUGAUACUAGUAUAUUUUUUAUAAAUUGAUUAUUGGUGUUACCUUAUGUAAAAGAUCGUUACAGGGUCAAUAUUUUCACUCUAAAAGUUAUCCUUUUAUAUGUAAUCCCAAAGAAUUUGUAUAGUGUAAGUGUAUUCCUUGUUCACUUGAUAACCGUGAUGUGAUUUAUUUUGUAAUUUGUAGUGAAGCUCGAGCCACUUGCAUGCCCGAUGAUGGAUCAAGCUUAAUAAUAGGUAGCUCAACUUUGAGGAGCUUUACUGAGGUGCAACCUUUCCUUUCAUUAUUUCAAUAUGCGGACGUGGGAAUGACGCAUGAUGAUUUAAAACCCCUUUUUUAAAAAAACAUGUACAAAAAUCUAUAUAGAUAAGAAUGAUAAAAUAGUGCGGUGACAUUUGUGUCGGCAUUUACGGUCUCAUUGACCAAUGUGUCGAAAUUGCUGUUCAGAAACACUUUUUUGUAAAUCUUUCUUAUAUCUCAUUCCCUUGCAGAGCCUUGAUCACAUGUCAAUUCUCGAUCUCUCGCAAAUUCAAAAAUGUGCUGUGGCCUUGUGACCGUUUCUAUUGUCAUCAACAUCACCGCAAAGCUUCUAUUGUUGUUAAAUAUAACGGCAAGUAGUUUAGAUUUUUGCCGAUUACAUUGCCAAGUAGUUUAUAUUGGUGUUGAUAUAAUUGCCACGUCGUUUUUUUUGUUAAAUACAUCACAGGGUAGACAUUUUUUUUUGCAAUAUAAUUUUGACCCUUGACAAACAGCAAUAACACAUGUUGACAAUCAGAAGUAGAAUAUAUUUUCACAAUGAUUCUACAAUAGACAAUAUGGAUAGCAACUAUUACAUUGAAAACAUGUUUAUUUCCUAUAUGGUGUCCACAUGAGAAUAUAUAUUUUUAAGAAUGUGUUCUGGUGAUAUUUGUGUGUAUGAUUCAUUCCCUUGAUUGAAUAAAGUUUGUCAAAGCUCAGAAUGGUGGAGUCAUUUGUCAAACUGAUUUUCUUACAAUAUCACCUAACUAAAACUGUUAAUUUGAUGAGAUGCAACUCAAUAGAUACAAACAUACAUUUCCUAGAAUCAAAGCUACAUGUGAAUAACCUUUGAUAAUAUUCCAACACAACAAAUAAUAACUAGGUCUUUUGAAGGUAUGUAUGACUGGUGCGCUUUAUUAUGAGGAACCGAUAACUUAAGAUAUAGACACAAUUUAAUAAAUCUUUACAAAACAUCAUUCAUGUAAACACCACUCCUCUUGCAUUUAAACCUGCCGAAUUCAUUGAAAUUACUAAACUUGUUUACAUUCCCACUUAGUCAGCCGUGACGGCACAUUUCAACACAGUUACUUUUCAAAUGAGAUAAUAGAACACAUUUCUUUAAAAAAAACGAAAACAAUGGAGGUAUAUUGGAAAGAUUGUAAAUCAUUUGUCAUAAGUAAACAGUCAAUGCUCAAGCAUAGAUCGCUAGUAUGUCAAGAGGGAAUCGGGCUGGCGAGGGGACCUUCUUUAAAACAUUGAAAAUAAUGGAAGCAAAGGAGAAAAACAUUUAACUUGCCAUCCAGGCUCCCACAAACAAGAUAACUAUCUUACUUCUGCUCCUAAACGGAUAUAACGCAGGGAAGUUCAACUUUGAUAACACUCUGAAUAUCAACUAGUUGGUAAGCAAGGCUUCCGUCAUGGCUCAAGAACUGGAAGUCAUAAGGUCAGAAUAAUUAACUGCCUGCUAGGACUAUUGUGCUCAUGUGUUACCAGCUAGUCAACCCUAACCAGAUAGCAGGGACCCAGCAUUGACAUUGUUAAGUAUAAUAAGGCAUUAUGAAAUAUGGUGGGGGGGGGGGUCUUAUUCAGAAAGCCAUGCAUUGUGUCAGAGGCAGCUUGGUGACUAAUAGCCUUACUGUGAAAAGUAACACAGGACAACCACUCUUUAGCCUUCUUUUUAUGGCCACAUGGUCCGAGGCAAAUGCUUUGUCACAGCAAACUUAAGGAAAUAGUGAGCAUAAGGAGGAUGCAUUGUUAGCAGGUGUCAUUUUUAAGACCUGUGAGUAGGCACUGUGAAGGGACACGAACAAGCUCCCUGGUAGAGCUCAAUAGACAACACAAGUACAUAACUGUCAUAACAGCUACCAGAUGCGAGUAGAUAUGACGGAUGAUAGGAGAAUGUAUAUUUUGUGACUAAAGUCAGAAGUCAGAGAAGUAGCGAUGUGUCCUCAAAAUAGAGGUACAAUCAGUGCUGUGUUUAACAUACCAGAAGUGGAACUGUGUCAGUUGUAUGUUGUACUUUUGAAGCUGUUCAUGAAUGAUCUCUCUUUAAACAAUACAAUUAAACCAAAUAAAGAAAUGGUACAGGCGCCCAGGUAUAAUUUAGAAAAAAAAUUGGAAUCAUAUGCCAAAGUGGCCAGCUUCAUUAGCUUUUUUUCUUCUGCCGUUGAACUAAAGGUGUGGUGAAAACACUGAAUGCCUAAUUGCAUUUUGUCAUGUUGUGAAAUUGUGGCUUUAGGAACACACCAUUUUUUAAUUCCAAACAUCUGCUGCAUAGACAUAAUACUCUUUAUGUUUGCGGUUAAAUAUAGCUUAUGCGUAAUAAUUAUGACGAUGUAUCCUUAAAAUGAGCAACAAUCUGUUUUCAUAGCAAGGUUGCUUUAAACCCCCCACAUCAACUGUUAAAGUAAUGUAUUUCAGUAAACUAUGUAUGGAAGUGAGUUAUUUCAAUGAAUGGUCCAAUGUGCAGGAGGAGUCCUUUCUAUUUUCUAUCUGCAUGGUCAACGCCUCGACUCAACAGUAGUGUUCCCCGUUCAGUCCAACACGGGCCUGGCAUCUGUACAAACAUGCAAAGCUGACCGGAUCUCCUAACCUGGCACGACAUCUACAAAGCGGCUACAUGCUAGUUUACAUCUGGCCUUUAUGCUAGGGCCACUUGCAGCUCAGCUGAUGUAAAAAGGUAAUGUUCUAUGUUGCUAGCAUUAUAUUCACAGCAAUCAGAGCGAUCAUACGGAACUAUCGCAGGAGCACCUACGUCUACAAUGUGCCCCAUACAUCCAAUUGGUUUCCAAAACAGUAUAUUGCACUAAGCUAGUUUGAAAAUGACAGGAGGCGGACGGUGGCUCUACACAACACACAUCAGAGCAGCUUCAAUAUCUACCCGUUAGUAAAUUAAGGACAUACAAUCAACAAAGAGAUCGUUAAAAAAUCAAUGAGAUCACUAAAACGGAAAAAAAACUGGUUGAAGAAAAGGAAGAAAGAAUCACAUUCAUAUAUUAACAAAUUUCCGUGACAUGUCAGCGCAUCUACAGUAAUGAAAUUCUAAGUGAUAAGAAAUGCCUGCUGCCUUUCAUCUAGCAUUUCCCAGAUAAAGAAGAAGAGGCCGUGGAGGGAUAGAAAGGGAAGGGCAAGGAGGGAGAGGAGGGGUAUAAGAGCCCUGCCCACACAGUAGCUUCCAUGACUGGCAUCAGUGGAGGUUUGAUGUGGGUAGGGGAAUAGGGACCAGGGUUGCGGGUGAGG